AUGUUGAGCCGAAGCCCGAGAUUCGCAACCGGCUGUGCUAGACAGCAGCUCUACCGUCAAACCAGAGCUUCUCGUUUCCGUAAUCCCCGCGCACAUUACUCGACCUCGUCCGAAUCGACGUCGGGAGGGGCCAAUUCCGCCUUGGUCGGUGGUCUUGCUGGUGGUGCUGUGACCUUCUUGGCCGGAUACACCUGGUACCAGUUCUCGGGCGCGAAGAAGCUGAUCCAAACCGCCAAUCAGACCCAGGAAUACUACAAUCAGGCGAAGGCGAAGGUCGCACAGAAGACUCCCGACCCCGAAGAGGCGUUCGGCUGGCUACGCGAUACCGCCAAGAGCUACGCCUCCUGGAUUCCCGGCGCAAAGGGAUACGUCGACCAGGCGUUUGAUGAUUUGGAGGAGAUUAAGCGCAACCAUGGAGAUGAAUUCAAUGACAUCGUCAACAAUGCCUACAAGGAACUGCGAGACGUGUCCAAGAAGGGCAGCCUGGAUGUGAACACUGCCGUCAAGAUCCGCGACGUGCUGCAGGAGCACUUCCGUCGACUGUACGAGCUCGCGGGCGCAUCCGCCGACAAUAUCCUGGACAACCACCCUGAGCUCAAGGAGAAGGUUGGGGGCAGCUUCGACCAGCUGAAGGAGAUGAGCGACGCCUAUGGCCCCCAGGCCAAGGAGGAGAUGGACCGGACGUGGCAACAGAUCAAAGAUAUCAUCGCUGGCGGUGUGACCUCUGAAACUGCCAUGAAACUGCAGAAGGUGGCCGCCGAGAAGAAGGAGAAGCUCCAAAAAUUCGGCGACCAAGCUUGGCUGAAGGGGAUGGAGGAGGUGAAGCCAUAUCUGGACCGCAACCCCAAGGCGAAGGAGCUGGUCGAGGGGAACAGCGAUGCCUUGAAGAAAGGCAACUUUGGACAGAUCUGGGGCCUGAUCAAGGAGAGCGCCUCUUCCGGCAACGUGGGCGACCUGGAGAAUUACAUCCGCCGGACCGUGGACCAGGCCAAGGACAGCGGUCUCGGCAACCUCGACAAAGUUGCCAAGAAGCUGCCCGGCGGAUCAAACAUUCUUUCCCAGUUGCAGUCUCUCCAAAAUUUUGCCGAGAAGAAGGGACAGGAAGCCGAGAAGCUGCUCAAGGAGACGAUCGAUGAGAUCCAAGGUGUGCUGGCUGACAAGACCAAGCAAGCCGAGAACCUGGCCGAGGAGGCCAAGAAGGAGAGCAAGUGA